ACGUGGCACGCGCACGCACAGGUGUGAGUGUCCGCGCGAGGGGGGCGCGAGCGUCUCUGGUCAGUAAACAUGGCCGUCAGAAGCUGCCGGUGGAUACGGAACAGAAGCCUUUUUCUCUAUUUUAUCCCAUUUCUAUUCAUCACCGCAUCAUUAAAUGGAGUUAACGCCGCUCCAGAGAUGGGCAUGUGGACUAUUACAGUGCUUAAUACAUCAAGACCUUUACUGUUAAGAAAAUCCAUGUAUAAGGACACUGACAUUCAAAUGAGAGUGGCAUCAUUUGGUUGCCCAGAGGAAGUGACUUUCACCAUUCAGUGGUUUUUGAAAUAUUACCCAUGUCACAAUGAGUACAACAAUAUUGAAGAAAUGUAUGAGAAGACGCCGCUGAGUCGAGGGAAGAGCAUGGACCCGAACCCUCUCGGACCCGGAGAGUAUAUUCAGCACAGAUACAGGGAACUGUCCUGCCGCAGUGACAUGCACAUCUUCCCCAUGUUCAAUAAAUCAAAAGCAGAACCAAAAACAGUGAAACCGGCUGCGGUGGAAGGCGAGUUACAGGGAGGCAGUUUCACAAGUUCUCCUGUUGCUGAAGCUGAAGCAAAGGAAAAUGUGAUUGCUACGACCUGGAGGGAUGGGCCGUACCUUCUGGUGGUGUCAAUCCAUCCAAGCAAACAAGAUGUCAACUGGAAUUUAACCUUCAGUGUUAUGAUGAAGGGAACACACGGCUUUCUCUCCGUCACCGAAUGGCCUCUCAUGAUCUUCUACAUGGUGAUGUGUAUGGUGUACAUAUUGUACGCUCUGCUCUGGUUCGUCUGGUCGUCCUGCUACUGGAAAGAUCUGCUGAGGAUCCAGUUCUGGAUUGCAGGAGUCAUAUUUUUGGGCAUGAUAGAGAAGGCCGUCUUCUGUGCUGAAUAUCAGAACACUAACAACGUGGGAUCUGCAUCUCAGGGUCUGCUGAUCUUUGCCGAGCUCAUCUCCGCUCUGAAGAGGACUCUGGCCCGUUUGCUCGUCAUCAUCGUCAGUCUGGGCUACGGCAUUGUCAAACCGCGUUUAGGCACCGUCAUGCACAGAGUGGUGGGUCUGGGCGUGCUUUACUUCGCAUUCGCUGCAAUUGAGGGCGUUCUGAGGAUCACUGGGGGUCGAGAUAAUGGACCAGCCCUCAUCACUUACGUUAUACUAGCUGUGUUUGAUUCUUCGGCCAUCUGGUUCAUAUUUGUCAGUCUGGCACAAACCAUUAAGACUCUAAAACUCAGAAGAAACCCAGUGAAGCUGUCUUUGUACAGACACUUCACCAACACGCUCAUCUUUGCUGUUCUCGCCUCCAUCAUUUUCAUGGUUUGGACAACAAAGAAGUUCCGGUUAUCAGACUGCCAGGCGGACUGGAUGGAGCUGUGGGUGGAUGACGCUUUCUGGAGGUUCCUCUUCUCCAUCAUUCUCCUAGUCAUCAUGUUUCUGUGGAGGCCGUCCGCCAACAACCAAAGGUAUGCGUUCACGCCGCUCAUUGAUGACUCGGAUGAUGAGGAGAUUGAAGAGUUCCUGGUGUCUGCAAAUAUUGCUGAUGGGAUAAAGUUGAGGGCAGCUAAGACAGAAUCCAAUGGAACAGUGAAGCCUGCAACAGCUAAUCCGGAUGAAGACUUAAAGUGGGUGGAGGAGAAUAUUCCUACCUCUCUUUCUGAUGUAGCUCUUCCUGUUCUUCUCGACUCAGAUGAGGAGAUCAUGACCACCAAGUACGAGAUGUCUAAAAUGGAGUGAGGUUAAGAAAGUAAACCUCCAGUUUAUAAGAACUGCUGUUCCUAAAACUGGCAUCUGACCCUCUGAGCCACAGACUCCGACCGCUUUCUUCCUUUGGUCUGAUUGGUUGGCGGAUUUUGGGUGCAUUGAAGGAAUCGUGCUGAAGGGGUGGACGCAUUCUAGAUGAUCUAGACGCUGCACUACCUGAACUUUAUGUGAGGUGAUACCUCGUUUUUGUCCUGAACUGUUCAAACGUCCAGAAGUCUGUAUAAAGAGAUCACAGUCUAUGUUUCUAAACUGUCGUGACUGUCGACUAAUCAUAUGCAGCGAUAAUGUUUUAUUCUUAGCACCGUUUUUUGUUUUGUGUGAGCGUCAUUUGAUCGUGAAAAACAUUGAUAAGGAACUUCAAGCGUCUUCUGUUUCUUUGGCUGUAUAUAAAGUGUUAUUUCAAACAUGUUGACUUUAAUUUCAGCACAUGAUGUGAAUAUUAGAAUGUCUGUCAGUGUGUCGGAUUUGUAUUCGUGCAGGGAGUUAUUUAAAUGCGCAGAAUGAUUCUUCAUUUUUCAUAAAUGUUCUGAAUAAUUUUAUGAAGUUGUUUUCGUUUUGCACAGAGCAAAGUUCAACUUUUCACCCGAAAAUCGAAAUUCUCUUUAUUUGCCCUCAAGUCAUUCCAAACCUACACAUAAAAGAGGAAAUGUUAAGACUUGUGCACGAUAUACCAAGUCUUCUGAAAUCACAUGAUAGCAUUGUGUGAGGAACAAAGCAAAAUGUAUGCAAUUAUAGGCCAAAAACCUUCGUCUUUGCUGCAUUCUCUUACAAUCUUAAUGCUUUUGUGAAUGAGAUUUGAAAGCAGUCAAUAACAUAUUUUUGUCUGUUUCUCAUACUAACUAUUGUCUGAGUUGGAAUAUAGCACAAGAGUUGUACUUUUUAUGAUGAAUUUUUUGAGCUUGAACUGCAGCAUUUGCAUUUCAUAAAAGAAAUAUAGGGUUUGAAAGAACAUGAGGGUGUGAAUUUGUCACUUUUGGGUGAAAUAUUUCAUUUAAAUGCAUUAGUUUUUCUUGUCUUAUUUGAGGAAAAGCGUAUGCCUCUUCGAUCAAUGUGUAGAUGCUUACUGAAGCCUUAACACACUUCUGUUCUUGAGUUUUGUUCUGCAGUAUCACGGUAAAAUUGCCUUUUUUCGGCCCUGGUCUCGGUUGGACUUUCUGUCUGCUUAACAGAACGUGCUUUACCUUGCUGAACAACGGGAUGACUGUUAAACUGUCUUUUUAUUUACUUUAUAUGUCCUUGAGACGAAACGAAAUAUGUGAGAUAACUUCUGAAUUGUGUAUAUUAUAAAGCGCACUUUAAGUGAUUGUGUUUUCUUUUGGUCAUGGGAUGCAGUGAUGCGCUUAAUUUAUCUGUAUGAUGGUGACCUUGUCCUUCAUGUGUUACUGUUUUGUUUGCUUCAUAAAAUUGUUUGCUAACAAUCAGGAGGCUCCUCAAAUUAUUCAAAGAGCACACUUGGAGUCCCGUAGAGCUCAGGUCCUGUCUGUUUUCUGUCUACAUGCAUGUUUAUACAUAUUUCAUACUGUACACGUUAAACAAUGUGGGCUUGCAAUAAAGACUCUUUAUUACAGUCAAA